AUGAAGGUUUUUUUCAUCUUCACUCUCUUGAGUAUAGCAGUGAAUUCUCCAGAAGCCCUUCUGGGAGAAAAUUCACAGGAAGAUGAAGAAUUACCAUAUGAUUUUAAUAUUCCUUACAUGGCCUAUCUACAGUCCAUCCCAGAGCCUUGUGUUGGGACUCUCAUUGACCCUCAGUGGGUGCUCACUGCUGCUCACUGUUCCCUACCAGCUAAAAUCCGACUGGGAGUUUAUCAACCCAACAUCAAAAAUGAGAAAGAACAGAUAUAUGGUUACUCAUUGACUAUAGCUCACCCUGAUUUUGACGCAAAAUUCCUGAGAAAUGACCUGAUGCUGAUAAAACUCUCUUAUCCUGCUGCUAUAAACAUGAAUGUGGGAACUAUAGCCAUAGCUUUAGAACCCAUGGUAUUUAAUGAAACCUGCUUUAUACCAACAUGGACCUGGAAUAACUACAAAAACUUCAGUGACCCUGACAUCCUGACAUGGACAAAUCGGUAUUCUCUUUCCCCAAGUGACUGCUGGAACAUUCUCCAGCAACAUGCACAAGAAACAAGAAUGAACAUUAUGUGCAUAGGACGUUCGCUUAAUGCUAUAUCUGCUGUUAAGGAAGUCUCUGCUGCUCCAGCCAUCUGCAAUGGGAGGUUGCAUGGAAUAUUGUCCUGGGGGAAAGGAGGUGUAACCAAGGGAAGUGAGGGCUUCUUCACUGAAAUCCAUCCGUAUUCAAGAUGGAUCCUGAAAAUGAUGCAUUCCCACUGA